UGUAAACAAAUUGUUACAAUCUCCCGCAACAACACUCGCAUUGGCAAAGGAAGUAACGAUGGACUACGACGGCAACUCGUGUGCCCGUAACUGGGUCACACAGCUGCAAAACAUUGCGCAGGUGUACAACUUGGACUCGUUUGGUGUGCGCAUGCUUCUUAUUGCCAAACUAAAAGGAAAAGCCCAAGUUUGGCUGCACGCAAACGCAACACGCAUUUUGGAGCCAACCGACCACCUUUGUGAGCAGCUGAUCCUAGCAUUUGCAACUAAGAUGUCAAAGGGGGAGCUGAGGAACGCGUUCCAAAAUCGUCAGUGGCGUUCAGGAGAAAGGUUCGCUUCUUAUUUCGAGGAGAAAGUUAUGCUGGCCAACGAUAUAAACAUCGACAAGGAGGAGCUCCUCGAAAACAUCAUCGAAGGAAUUCCAGCACCAGGGCUACGCGACCAAGCUCGCAUACAAUGUUUCGCCGAACCUGGGCAGAUUUUGAAAGCCUUCUCUGCAAUCCGUUUACCUGAACGAAAGCAGGAGGUCAAUUCUUCGCAGCACUCUUCCGGAAAGAUUGCAGACACAAAGGACUUCCGUUGCGCCAAUUGCAACUCAAAGGGCCACUACGCCAAGGACUGUCAGAAACCGAAACGAGAGCCCGGAUCAUGCUACGCAUGUGGCAAAUUUGGACACUUUGUGGGUCAGUGCCCUGAGCGUAAAAGCGCAAAUGCAAAUAAAUACCAUGCCUCAUAGACACUGGCAGCCCAAUAUCAUUCGCCAAAACAGCUGUUAUUUCCUCUAAAAUUAAGAUGGAGUCCGUCUCUGAAAACUAC